GAAAUUCUGAUUUUUGCGAUCAUAUCUUCCUUACGUGUGCCAGCCCACAUCGUUCUUCUUCUUUUUUUGGUUUGUGUGUCUCCGUCAAAUACUAUUAUUUUUUUUUGAUUUCCUUCUUUAUAACUCUACUCUGCAGGGCCUUUCUGUCGCUACUUACCAGCUGCUCUCCUGGAAUACCACUACGCCUUCUACGCGCGAGCGCACAGCGGCCACGGUCCGAACAUAUUUUUUUUUUUGCAGCAACACGACGAACAACAGCAGCGGCAGCGAAAAUGGCUUGCUUUCGUUUAACCGUGAUUGUGGUGAUGAUUGUGGCCGCCAUCGUCGCCUUUUUUGGCUACGUCGAUCAGCCGUCGAACUGGGUGUACGAUCCGGCCCGGCUGCAGGCGAUUGCGCAGGCGAGCAUCGCCAACGCCAAGGCCGCCCACGGCGAGCUCGCGACGGCGAAGCAGAUAACUGAUGAAACGAUCCGCCUGAUGCUGGAGGCCUACCCCAAGACGACGCGGUACACGGGGCACUGGCUGUGGAACAACGCGGGCGGGGCGAUGGGCAGCAUGACGGUGCUGCACUGCUCCUUCUCCGAGUACAUCAUCAUAUUUGGCACGCCGGUCGGCACGGAAGGCCAUACCGGCCGCUAUUUCUGGGCCGAGGAUUUCUUUAACAUUCUGGUGGGCGAGCAGUGGGCGGCGCUGCCGGGUGCGGAGAAGAGGGAGGUCUACCGCCCUGGUGACCAACACUUCUUGCCGCGCGGCGUCGCGAAGCAGUACCGCAUGCCGGAUGAGUGCUGGGCCCUGGAGUACGCCCGUGGCAACAUCGUCUCGAUGCUCUUCUUUGGUUUUGCCGACAUGUUGUCCUCGACCUUGGAUGUGUUAACGACGUGGCACACUGUGGUGGAGAGCGCCGGCAACAUGAUCCCCAAUCUUCUUGCGGGAAAGAUUUAA